CGGUCAGAAUCUUCCUUAACCGAUCAGCGACCAGAACUUACAGUCAUUCGUGAGGCGACCGUGGUGCUGAACAGAUGAGCCAUGGGUUCAAGUGGGAAGUUACGCUGCUUGCAAGUGAUUUUAUUCUGUGCUUUUAUUAGUAACUUAUGUGAUGUUGGAUCUACCUACCGACUAGCAAGGUCUAAAUGGUUGAGCUCGAAAAAAUCAAGUGGUCGCGAAACUGGCAAAAAUGCUGUAAAUGAUUUAGAUGCCUCCAGUCUAUCUUCUGGACUGAAUGGAAAUGUUCCGGCAGAAACAAAUGCAAACCUAGCACACUUGCCAAGUUUAAUCGAUUUGAUUGCUCUUCACCCGGACCCUAGUGCUACGAGGCCGCCAAUACCAGCUGAACCGAUUUUCUCAACUACAACACCUGUGACAACAACUCCAACUGUAACGGACCCAACUACAACAACAACUACUACAACUACACCUGAAUCUUCAAGUUCUUCGACGGUUUCAACACCAACAACCGAAAUGCCAAGUACUUCAACGGACUCAUCAUCUCCAGCGGUGACAGAAACAACACCUACGACUCCUGCGCCAAGUUCCUCAACGGACUCAUCAUCACCAGCUGUGUCUGACUCUACAACGGAGACAUCGAGUCUUCCGACAGAAGCUUCUUCCCCAGCCGUAUCUGAUCCAACUACAACUGCAGACUCAACAUCAACCACUCCUGUAACGUCUACCGAUACCUCGACUGUAUCUGACACGCCGAGUCCUCCAACGGAAGCUUCUUCUCCAGCAGUAUCCGAUCCAACUACAGCUCCAAGCUAUUCAACGGACUCAUCCCCAGCUGUAUCGGACUCAACAUCAACCACUCCUGUAUCGUCUACCGAUACCUCGACUGUAUCUGACACGCCGAGUCCUCCAACGGAAGCGUCUUCCCCAGCCGUAUCUGAUCCAACUACAACUGCAAGCUCUUCAACGGACUCAUCUCCAGCUGUAUCGGACUCAACAUCAACCACUCCUGUAACGUCUACCGAUACCUCGACUGUAUCUGACACGCCGAGUCCUCCAACGGAAGCUUCUUCUCCAGCAGUAUCUGAUCCAACUACAGCUCCAAGCUCUUCAACGGACUCGUCAUCUCCAGCGGUGUCUGAUCCAACAACUACGACUGAAGGGUCAAGCUCAUCUGACACACCAACUCCUCCAACUGACUCUACUCCAAGUUCCUCUACCGAUCCCACUUCAACUAGUACUGUCGCUCCGGCAGCUAUUGUCGGCCAAAAACCACACGUGUUCCAGCUGUUCCCUGGUUUUAAACCACCAUCAAGUGGUGGUGCACUGUUACCGACAGUUGGUGAUUCUACUAGUACAAUCAGCCCAUCCGCUGAGUCAAGUGCCUCCAACCUACCUGAUGGACCAAGUGAGAAUGUACCGGGUGAAGCAAAUUUGAAUCCGCCACGUUUCCCGAGUUUGAUUGAAUUGAUUGCUCUUCAACCGGAUAUUAAUGCCGUGCGUCCUGUUGUCACAUAUUCUCCUAUUUUUACAACUCCAACAACUGUAACAAGUACGGCAUCAACAACCACUACCCCAAGCUCAACAUCUACCAUGCCUGUAUCGUCAACAGACGCUUCGACAGCGUCUGAAACACCGAGUCCUCCGACAGAAUCAUCGCCUACGACAGCAACUCCAAGUUCUUCAACGGACUCGUCAACUCCAGCAGUAUCUGAUACAACAUCUACCACGCCGUUAUCGUCUACCGAUGCUUCGACUGUAUCUGACACUCCGAGUCCUCCGACAGAAGCAACCUCUCCAGCAGUGUCUGAUCCUACACCUACAACAGAAACUCCAAGUUCUUCAACGGACUCGUCAUCUCCAGCGGUGUCUGAUCCCACAUCUACCACGCCUGUAUCGUCUACCGAUGCUUCGACUGUAUCUGACACUCCGAGUCCUCCGACAGAAGCAACCUCUCCAGCAGUGUCUGAUCCCACAUCUACCACGCCUGUAUCGUCUACCGAUGCUUCGACUGCAUCUGACACUCCGAGUCCUCCGACAGAAGCAACCUCUCCAGCAGUGUCUGAUCCCACAUCUACCACGCCUGUAUCGUCUACCGAUGCUUCGACUGUAUCUGACACUCCGAGUACUCCGACAGAAGCAACCUCUCCAGCAGUGUCUGAUCCUACACCUACAACAGAAACUCCAAGUUCUUCAACGGACUCGUCAUCUCCAGCGGUGUCUGAUCCCACAUCUACCACGCCUGUAUCGUCUACCGAUGCUUCGACUGUAUCUGACACUCCGAGUCCUCCGACAGAAGCAACCUCUUCAGCAGUGUCUGAUCCCACAUCUACCACGCCUGUAUCGUCUACCGAUGCUUCGACUGCAUCUGACACUCCGAGUCCUCCGACAGAAGCAACCUCUCCAGCAGUGUCUGAUUCAACAUCUACCACACCUGCACCGUCCACAGCAGCUUCAACUGCAUCUGACACGCCAAGUCCUCCGUCAGAUGCAACCUCUCCAGCAGUGUCUGAUCCUACACCUACAACAGCAGGUCCGAGUUCUUCAACGGACUCGUCAUCUCCAGUGGUGUCUGAUCCAACAUCUACCACGCCUUCAGCGGUGUCUGAUCCUACACCUACAACUCAGGGGCCAAGUUCAUCACCAGCCCCAUCUGACACGUCAAGUCCUCCGACAGACUCUACUCCAAGUUCCUCUACCGAUUCCACUACGGCCAGCCCUGUCGCUCCGGCGGCUAUUGUCGGUCAAAUACCACACGUGUUUCAGUUGUUCCCUGGUUUCAACCCACCACCAAGUGGUAGUGCACUGUUACCGGCAAUAGAGGGUAAUCCAGCUCCAGCCAACGACAGCCCGCUUGACCAAAUUCAAGGAGCUGCGGCGCAGCUGAUAGCUAGCAGUAACAUCCCUAGUAUUUUUAACAGUACUGCUGGAGGACUAAGUGCCAUUGCUUCACUUCCCAAUGUUAACGGUAUUAAUAUUCCGACCCCCGUAGCCAAUGACAGUCCAAUCGAGCAGAUUCAAACAACUGCUGCUCAACUUCUGGCCAGUGGUAACAUUCCAUAUGUUUUUAACACUACAACGGGUGGAUUCAGUGCUAUAACAUCCAUUCCUAGUAAUGCAGGUAUCAAUCUUCCGCAGCUCCCAACGCUCGGAGACACACCUAUAGCCAAUGAUAACCCAAUCAGUCAACUGCAAACUACUGCAUCCGAAUUGUUAGCAAGCAGCAAUGUUCCGAGCAUCUUCAAUAGCACUACAGCUGGAAUCAACAGCAUUGUUAGCAACGCUGGAAUCCAAAUUCCGCAAGUUCCAACCUUCGGUGAUAUGUAUGUAGCUAACGACACUCCCCUGAAUCAAAUUCAAUCUGCUGCUUCUCAAUUAUUAGCAAGCAGUAAUAUUCCGACCAUAUUCAACGGAACUGCUGGAUUAAAUGCGAUUACUUCACUUCCCAAUAUCACCGGAAUCAGUAUCCCGGCGAUUCCAACCUUAGGUGAUGCGCCUGUAGCAAGCGAUACUCCGGUAAGUCAGCUACAAACGGCUGCUUCUCAGCUUGUAGCUAACUCGAAUCCUUCCAGCAUCUUUAACAAAACUGCUGGUGGAUUGAAUGCACAUUCUUUUCCAUAUGCCUACGGAGGGUAUUUCCUCGGUAAUCCUCCGAUAACCAACGACAGCCCUUUUGUGCAAAUUCAAAGUGCGGCAUCGGAAGCUGUAAACGUUUUAAACAGCACCGUUAACAAUAACAAUCCCAUAAAUCAAGCACAAAAUGCGGCAUCACAGCUUCUUGCCAGCAGCAAUAUUCCAUCCAUUUUCAAUACUACUGCAAGUGGCUUGAACAACUUUGCCAUCCCAAGCUUCAACAUCCCUCAAAUACCAACAUUUGGUGAUGUCCCUGUUGGCAAUGAUGGUCCUUUCACCACUGGACUUCAAAACACCGCCGGUAAUCCACCAGUCUACAGGCCACUCCCAGAUCUUUCCAACUUCCAAUCACAGCUGGCAGUUUUAGUAUCUCAACUUAAUAACGAGACGGCUCCAUUUCCCAACAACCCUGCCGUCCAGUUAGAUGAUAUCCUGACGAAACCACAGACGAAUCCCGUCAAUUCCGCACAGCUUACACCAAGCCCGCCAGUUACAGAGAAGCAUCCACUGUUGACAAUUUUCCCGCAACAAGUCCAAUCCGACAGCUACUUUGGAAUUCCGUCGUUCAGCCUACCCAACAAUACCUUCGAGCAGUUCAUCAAUCAACUAGCUGGAUUAGCUUCAAACUUCACUGGAGCCGCUUCAAAUGCCACUAACACCAACACCACGGAGAAUACCAACUCUGGAACUAAUCCUUUGCAAAGCAUUGGGAAUCAAAUUACAUCCGGAUUUAGCAACGUAGCAGAAGUUAUAUCAAACGGCACGGCCGCGAUCGGAAACCUUGGAGCACAAAUCGCUAACCAAACUGCUUCCUCUAACGGAACUAGUGCCAACAACGCAAAUGGAACUGUUGUUCCAGACGCGAAUCAGCUAGGAGGAGCCCUAUCACAAAUCAUUUCGAAUGGAACAAGCAUCAUUACGGCGCCAAUAAACUCAAUCUUUCAAACUAAUUUCAGCAGAGCAUACAAUCCCGCCCUAACCAAUCUUUACAAUCAAUUAAGUUCUGUUGGAAGCAACGAAACAGUCACUCAGGUGACAAAUGCGCUUAGUCCGGCCGUACUCGCUGGACAACUGAGUGGUAUUCUGUCACAACUGCAAGCAAGUAAUCCACUAGCUUCGAACGAUGUCACACCCAGUCAACAGCAAGAAGACAAUCCAAAUGGCAUCCUAAACUGGAACGCGAUCAACAAACUACCCAUAAUCAGUAACUGGAUCGGUACAAACAGUAACAACAAACCUGUCAGCAUCGCAAGGCCCACGCUAAGCUGUCCAGUUUGCCAGGAGGUCUGUGGAAAGGUGAACUCUCCAGUUAAACUGCGCCAGCAUCGUGUCGUCGGAGGAACUGUCGUAGACCACGCGAACAAGUACCCCUGGACCACACGCUUUGUCUACUUCAACUCCAACGCCGGACAGGGAUCGCUGAUAAACGAUCGUGCCGUCGUAACAACCGCCACCACCGUCAUCGGAAUGCCACUCUUCUCGCAAGCAACGGCACUCUUCAACGUGUACGAUACCAUGUCGACUACGGAGCAACGAUUUUCCAAGAACCUAGCCAGAGUGAUCCCCCAUCCCAAGUUCAACACGAACAACCCGCUCAACAACAACAUUGGAAUAGUGAUCCUCGAUAGUCCCGUCGCGAUGUCCGAGUUCAUCCAACCCAUCUGCUUGCCAACGACGUUUGACUCGUACGCCGGAACGCAGGCUGUGGUCGCUGGAUGGGGUGCUGACAGCAUUGGGGGUCAUUCAUCACCGGUUCCGCACGAGGUGUCGAUUCCGUUAUACUCCUCGGCAGAGUGCAAACUGGCAAACGACAAUCUCACCACUAACAAUCUGUGCGGUGGAGUUGUUCAACCAGCUCAAUCGGGUUCGGUGAAAUCAACGUGUGAGGGUGAUGACGGAGCCGGAUUGAUGGCACCAUCCAGAGUUGAUCCUUCCUUGCUGACACUUAUCGGAAUCACUAUUGAGACUGCUGGCGAAGGAUGUGGAAACAACAACCAACCGGCCGCAUUCACCAAUGUCCAAAACUACAUCGACUUUAUCCUGUACAACGGAAUUGGGUGUGGGUGUUAAGCAAGGAAUUUCUUUCAUUUAUUAAUAAAAAAAACUUCUUCACAGCA